CGAGCGCUUGCUUCCUAGCUUCCUCACUAUUUGUCACCCUCUCCUUUUCAACCACCACUCAACCCUCUUCCUCCUUUCGCGAUGGCAGCCGUCAAUGGCGCUGGUUCAGCGUCUGCUGCCACUCACCUAGAGGCCCUCUACAAGGCGCCCUCAGCUGAGGACUGCCAAAAGGCCGCUGACUCGCUGGCCUCGUACAUCAACGACCAUGGACUGCGAGUAGUUGAUUCCGAGGCAAUCAUCCCCUCUCUUGUCAAGGCCGCAAAGAACAAGAAGAGCGGCUACGAGAGGGAAGCAGCAGCUAUCGGCCUCGCUGACAUCUUCAACAAGGUCGCAGGCAAGAAUGCGCCUUCACCACUCGGAGCUGAGCCAUGGCUCCUCCCUCAGACUCUUCCCGUCCUCCUCGACCUCCUCGCCGACAAGGGUGACGUCGUAGUCGAGGCCGCGCAAAAGGCAAUCGAUUACCUCUUUGUUCUCGUCCCCGCCGAAGCCAUCCCCGAGCUCCUCGAUACCCUCUAUGCCACCCUCUCUUCCAGUGCGUCAAAAUGGCAGUCCAAGGUCGGCGCCCUCAAGCUCAUUGGCAAGCUCGCCGACAAGAACCAGGAGCAAAUCGGAGAGCAGCUCCCCACACUCAUUCCCUACCUGACUAAUGCCAUGCACGAGACCAAGGCGGAGAUCAGCAAGGCAGCAAUCAAGGCUGCUACUAAAGUCUGCGGUGUCAUCGACAACAACGACAUCCGACCUUAUAUCCCCGAUCUCGUCGAGACGAUGCGAGCGCCAGACACUGUGUCGGCCACUGUCAAAAAGCUUUCGUCGACGACCUUCGUAGCUGAGGUUACUGGACCAGCCCUUGCCGUUAUGGUCCCGCUCCUCGUCCGAGCCCUCGGAGAGCGCAACCAGACCGUCCAGCGCCAGACUGUCGUCGUUGUCGACAACUUGUGCAAGCUCGUCCGCGACCCUCACGAGGCAGCCAAGUUCUUGCCCGCCCUCACGCCUGGUGUCGAGAGGAUCGAGAAGGGAGCUUCCUUCCCCGAGGUCCGAGAGUACGCCCGCCGCGCUGUCGAGACGCUGCAGGCUGCCACCAAGGCCGUAGGCGCUGCCAAGGCCUCGGAUGAGGAUCCCGUCGCUGCAUUCGAGCAGGCCAAGAGCGCAGCUCUGGGCUCCAUCAUUGCAGCGGUACAGGGCAACGUGCCCGAGGAGCACGCCAACGUCAAGAGCGACGAGUUUGCUAUGCUCGGUCUGGAUUGGGUUGCCCGCCUGAUCGUCCGCCUGGCCGACAAGCGUGUGGUACAGCAAGCGCCUUGGGACGAUGUCUAUGUCCUUCCCUACCUUCGCCGCAUCUGCUCUUCCGAGGAGAAAGCAAGGCUCGUUACUGACAACCUGCGCCAGCAAUACUCUGAGAUCGACCGCGCCCGCUUCGGCAAGCCCGAGGAUGAGGAUGACGAGGUCGGCGAGUGCGUGUGCCGCAUCGAGUUCUCCUUGGCUUACGGUGGUCUGCUUCUCCUCAACCACACCUGGCUCAAGCUGUACCGCGGUAGGCGCUACGGUAUCGUGGCUGCCAACGGUAGCGGUAAGAGUACUUUGCUGAAGGCUAUGCGAGACGGCAAGGUCGAGGGCUAUCCAAGCGACUUGGUCACGGUCAUGGUUGAGCACAACCAGGGCGAGGACGCCUCGAUGCCCAUCCUCGACUUCAUCGCCAAAGACCCGCGUCUUGGAGGCAAGACCAAGGACCAGGUCAGCAAGGCCUUGUUCGAGGUCGGCUUCGACGAGGAGAGGCAGAGCAACCCGGUCGCCUCGCUCUCCGGUGGCUGGAAGAUGAAGCUCGAGCUGGCUCGUGCUAUGCUCAUUGGCGCAGACGUUCUCCUCCUUGACGAGCCGACGAACCACUUGGACGUCGCCUCGGUCCACUGGCUGGAGAACUAUCUCAUCUCAAACGACAACAUCACCGUUCUGACCGUCUCGCACGACGUUGGCUUCCUCGACACAGUCUGCACGGACAUCAUUUCGUACGAGUCGAAGAAGCUCAAAUACUACAAGGGCAACUUGUCCAAGUUCAUUGCGACCAAGCCCGAGGCCAAGUCCUACAUCUCGCUCGCUGCCACAUCGGUCAAGUUCUCCUUCCCUCCGCCUGGCUCCCUCAUGGGCGUACGAUCGACGACGAGGACGAUUCUCAAGGUCACCGACGCCACGUACACGUACCCUGGCAUGAAGAAGCCCUCCAUCACUGACGCCUCUUGCGCCGUCACCCUCUCGUCUCGUGUCGCGGUCCUCGGCCCGAACGGUGCGGGCAAGUCGACCCUCAUCAAGGUCCUGACGGAGGAGGUCAUUCCUCAAAAGGGCAAGGUCGAGAAGCACCCUAACCUCCGUGUUGCCCUCCUCGCGCAGCACGCCUUCCACCACCUCGAGCAGCAUCUCGAGAAGACAGCCUGCGACUACAUCCGCUGGCGCUACAGCGAUGGCUCGGACAAGGAGGCCGACGAGAAGGCCAACCGCAAGAUCUCCGAGGAGGAGGCCGAGCAGCUUGCCAAGCCCAUCGUCUCGUCCACGGGCGAGAAGCGCCAGAUCGAGUUCAUCGUUGGCCGAAGGAAGAUGAAGCGCGGCUUUGAGUAUGAGAUCAAGUGGAGGGGAAUGCUCCACAAGGACAACACCUGGAUCCCGCGUGAGCGUUUGAACGAGUUGGGCUUCGCCAAGAUUGUGGGGCGCUUCGACGACGUGGAGAACGCGCGCGAGGGUGCUGGCGCCAGGGAGAUGACACAGAAGGCUAUCAGGGAGACGCUGGAGGAGGUGGGUCUCAACGGCGAGAUUGCUCAGAACAACGAGAUCCGCGGUCUCUCUGGUGGGCAGAAAGUCAAGGUCUGCCUGGCUGCUGCCAUGUGGAACAACCCGCAAAUCCUCGUCCUCGAUGAGCCCACCAACUAUCUGGACCGUGAGGCCCUUGGUGGUCUGGCCAUCGCCAUCCGCGAGUGGGGUGGAGCAGUCGUCUGCAUCAGUCACAACGAGGAGUUCGUCAAUGCCCUCUUCCCCGAGCAGUGGCAGGUAGACAAUGGCCGUAUCAUGUCCAAGACGAAGAACGUCGGUCUUGAGCAGAACUUCGGCGACGAGGCACAAGAGGAAGUCGUAGACGACAAUGCCUCUACCCCGGGCCCUGGCACUCCCGCCUUCCCUCCUGGCACCCCUGCUGGCGGCUCAUCACGCGUCGCCUCCCGUCUGGGAUCAAAGGCUGCUACCCCUAUGAGCUCUGCUGCCGCUACCCCCGCUGGGUCUGAUGCCGAAGACCAGGACAUGUCGAAGCUCAAGGCUGCCAAGGGGAAGAAGAAGAAGAAGACUCGUAACGAGAUCAAGGCGCAGGAAGAGCGCAGGAGGGCGAGGGUGCAGAAGUGGCUGUUGGAGGGCGGCGAGAAGCCUGUUGAUACCGAGAGCGAAGGUGAGGGAGGCAAGGAAGGCGGGGAGGCCGCUGCCGCUGCCGCCAAGAAGAAGCUGCCCCCGAACAAGCGCAAGUAAGUGCCUUUGGGGUGGUGGUGAUGAUCAUGAUGUGUUGCAUUGCCUCUAUGCCUCUGUAGACGAUCGUGUGCUCCUAAUCUCAUAGACUGGAAACUCGAGCGAGCGAGCGCUUUGCUG